UAUAUAAAUACCCACAGAGGAUCACCGAAGUGAAAACUUGUCUUGUCCAUAAUUUUUGAAACAAGGCUAACAACCAACUUCAUCUCUCAUAGGAAAACAUGGACAUAUACCCUAAAGACAUAAAGAAACCUAAGCCAGCGUUGUUUUGUAACGUCAAGAUCUUUGUGUUGUGUCAUAGCCUGCUCCAGCUCACUCAGCUGUUAUAUAGCUCUUACUUCAAGAGCACCAUUACCACAAUCGAGAGACGCUAUGGCCUGGACAGCCUCUCCUCAGGAACCAUCUCUUCCCUCCAUGAGGUUGGGAACACAGUGUUCAUAGCAUUUGUUAGUUACAUGGGUAAUCGGGUUCACCGACCUCGAUUCAUUGGACUGGGAGGCCUGCUAAUGUCCUUCAGUGCCAUAAUCUUAGCUCUACCUCACUUCCUGUCCCAGCCCUACACCUAUGACUCUGUCCUGCAUGCGAGCAGACAGGACAUGUGUUAUUUGCGUGCGAAUGCAACGGGUGCUGAGGCUUGUGGUCAGGAGGAGUCACGGAAGCUUGUGGACACCAGUAAAUUUUGGGUGUUAAUGGCUACGGCCCAGCUGCUGUUCGGAAUCGGUUCUGUCCCCAUCCAACCUUUCGGAAUAUCUUAUAUAGAUGACUUUGCAGGAGCUGGGAAUUCUGCUCUCUAUAUUGCUAUUCUCUUUGCUGUGUCAGUCUUUGGGCCUUCCUUUGGAUAUCUCCUGGGCUCUGUGGUUUUGCAGAUUUAUGUGGAUGUGGACAGAGCCGGUGCAGGGGUGGCAUUGGAGUUGACCCCUGCUGACCCUCGUUGGGUCGGAGCAUGGUGGAUGGGUCUGCUCAUCACUGCUGGAGGUCUUGCUCUCACCUCACUCCCUUACUACUUCUUUCCCAGAGAACUUCACGUAGAGAAGUCUUUUGAAUUGGAAGGUGACAUCAAAGAAGACCCCAAGAAGACAGAGGGCUCCAUGCUGGAUUUCUUUAAAAUGUUCCCUAAGAUGUUUGUUAAGCUGCUGUUGAGUCCUGUCUUCAUGCUGCUGGUUCUGAGCCAGUGCUGUUUCUCCUCUGUAAUCGCUGGACUCGCCACCUUCCUCAACAAGUUCCUUGAGCGGCAGUACAGUGCCUCUGCGGCCUACAGCAGCCUUCUUAUUGGUGCUUUAAACCUGCCGUCCAUGGCUGUGGGGAUGGUGCUCGGGGGUCUGAUCAUGAAACGCUGGGGGUUGUCGUUCAGAGCCAUUCCACGCUUCUCUGUUGUAAUGCUCAGCAUCUCCGUCUUCUGCUGUGUACCCCUCUUCUUCAUGGGCUGCCCCACGCAAGAUGUUGCUGGUGUUUAUCCCAAAACAUCUAAUGCCAUUGAUGGGCCUCAUCUGUCCUGUAGUGCCAAUUGCUCAUGUCCCAGCAGUGCCUUUAACCCAGUGUGUGGAGAAAACAACAUUGAAUACAUCUCACCCUGCCAUGCUGGGUGCACAAACUUCACCAUGGAUCCCAAGAACCCUUAUAGAGUCCAGAUUUAUAGUAACUGCCGGUGUAUUCCCGAUCUGGCCACAGCCAAGCCUGGCCCUUGUGCCAACACCUGCCCUCACUAUCUCCUGCCUGUAAUGCUCCUUAUAUCUCUGGCCGGACUUAUUGCCAGCCUAACACACAACCCCAUCUACAUGAUGGUACUCAGGUCAGUUCCUCCAGAAGAGAAAUCCUUUGCCAUAGGGGUUCAGUUUCUGCUUCUGCGGGUUCUGACCUGGCUGCCAGCUCCUGCUCUGUUCGGGAUGACCAUAGACUCUACAUGUAUCUGGUGGAAAAUUGCUUGUGGAAAAAAGCAAGGAUGUGGUUACUAUGACAACAACCUCCUUAGAAACAGGUAUCUAGGACUUCAGGUGGGCUAUAAGACAUUAGGCAUUGCACUCCUGGCAUUUAUUGGCUGGAAAAUGCACCGGACCAGAGAGUACAGCUUAGAGAAAAAGCCAGAGGGACCCCUGUGAUGCUUCAACCGUGCUUAGUUUCUUGGCUAGAAACCCCAUCCUUCCAAUACCUGGCUGGAAAUGGGAUGAAUUCAGUUUGGAUAUUUCUCAAGUUGUACGCUACAUUCUCGAGUAUUUAUUUCUGCCUGCAUUCAAGCGGGGCCAUAACUGGACAGAUUCAAGGACUUUCCACCUUCACAGUUAUUUUUGGUAUUAACACACAGAUACGCGAGUGUGUCAAAUAUCAAACUGAGUUGAGGUGUGUAGCCUCAAAUAUCAAUAGUAGCCUGAGCAGAUUUAAAAUGUUACUUCCAAAUGUGAAGACAUUUUGAAAAUAGGCAUCAGAUGUUUGUAAAAUAUAUUUUUUAUACCUGAUAUUGCUGUUUUAUUAUAUCCUUUGUGCAUACUUUGUUGUUGCUGUUGUUUUUCUUAAUACAAAUGACAAAAUGCUUUUCUAAUUGCUGCUUGGAGUAAUGAAUCGUGACUUUCUGAUGAGUCUUUAUUAUGCAAUAUGUAACAUUUAUUUACCAAUGUAUAAGUUAUUUCAAAUAUAAAAUUUGUUCACAAUUUGUAGCUUUUUUUCUGCCAUUUGGCUUAUCUUUAAUGAAAGCCCAUUUCUGCCACAUGAAAAAAAAAAAAACAUAAUUGGGACAUAAAAAGUCUUGACUUUA